AUGGCAGCGGAGAAAACCCUGGGUGACACGUUCACCCACAUCGUUGCCGAAUCACCCGCUCCGAGUGAGAGGGACGUUGUGUUCGAAGAAGGCGACGAGGCUUUCGAGAAGAAGGUCCUGCGCAAGGUCGACUUCUGGCUCGUCGGGUUCUACUCGCUGGUCUACAUCUUCCGAGUCAUCGACUCGUCCAACUACUCCAACGCGGCCAUCAUCAACCUCGAACAUGGCACGGGCAUCAAGAAGCAGCUCGGCUUCGACCCCUCUCAGUGGGCAUGGACGCUGUCCAUCUUCUCCUACAGCUACAUGAUCUUUGAGCCGACCAACACCGUGCUCCUCAAGACCUUCCGUCCGCGGAUAUGGAUGUUCGUGCUGAUCCUGAGCUGGGGCAUCUGUGCCUGUUCGGUGGCUGCCGUGCAAAACUUCCCGGGCAUGAUGUGUGCCCGCUUCGCCAUCGGCAUGGCUGAGGCAGGGUUCUACCCGGCCGUGCUGUACCACAUGGACUUCUGGUACCGGCCGACAGAGAUGCCGUGGCGCAUCGCCUUCUUCUACUCGGUGGGCCAGCUCUCCAGCGCGUUGAGCGGCCUGUUGGCCUACGCCAUCAGCUUCAUGGACGGCCUCGGAGGCCUACCGGGCUGGAGAUGGCUCUUCUUGCUCGAAGGCCUCCCGGCCAUCAUCCUCGCCUUUGUCGCUCUGUGGGGACUGCCCGACUAUCCCCACACGGCACGCAUGCUGAACGAGAAGGAGCGGCUGUUCAUCGAGCGUCGUCUGGCUGACACGGCGCCGUCGGGCAAACGCCACAACUGGGAUUGGGAGACGCUGAAACAGCUCUUCAAAGACCCUACCGUCUACACCUUUGGGCUGUACUGGAUUGCUCACGGUAUCGGUGGCUUUGGUAUCUCGUACGCCCUGCCGACCGUGAUCUACCAGCUCGGCUUCACUGGGACGGCAAACUCGCAGCUGAUGAACAUUCCACCCUACGUCUGCUGCUUCUUGUUCCUCAACACCGCCGGCAACCUGAUCCAUCGGAAAUACAUCCGGCCAUGGACCUGCGCCGUUGCAAUCGAAAGCACCACCAUCGUCUGCUACAUCAUCCUAGUCACCGUCCACAGCCCGGUUGUCAAGUACAUUGCGCUGAUCGUGGCCGUCUCGUGUGCUGGCUCGGCCUACCCGGUCAUCUGGCCCGAGCGUAUCCGGGCGCUCGAAGGCACCGUCGCCGCCGGGAUCGGGAUCGGGUUGACCAACGCCUGCGCCCAGUGGAGUGGCAUCGUCGGCCCGCACGUGUACUCGACCGUGUUUGGGCCGACGUACCACAGAUCCUAUGUCAUCUGCCUGUGCAUUCUCGUCGUGUCCAUCCUCUCGAUCCUCACGUCGUGGUUCCUCAUCGCACGCCGAGACAGGCAAAGGGCCGCGUUGAGAGCGAUAGAAGAGAGCGUUGUGCCGCACGGGAACUGA